AUGGAUUCGACAUUAUUCUCUUACACCACGUUGGACGCGGCGGGGAACCUCUUGGUCGAGCAUCCCGAGACAAAGUGCAGCUUCGUACUCGAAGACCCCAACUCAGCAUCCGACUACGUGACCUAUUUACCUAUAUUUUGUCACCGGGCCGCUUGUAACUGCCCCCAGAUCCAGCGCCGAGGCGCCGUCUCGCCUGGCGAACUCAAAGAGGCACUGGACGGCGUAGCACUGCAGCCGCGGCCUUGCAUUGCCUCCGACGACCCAACACUUGGCCCGAAGUACAGACAAGCCUUGGAAGAGGGCCGGCCCGAAUGGUUGAUGUGCCGGGUCCGGGCCUGGAUGACCGCGACGAGAUACGCUGUCGCCUGCACGAUGGCGAUGGGCAUGCUUCCCCAGCCUUCGGCAGACAGCCCGUGUGUGGCUUUUGAAGUUCCCCUGUCAGAAUUCCCCGACUGCGAAACAAGGGCACAGCUGUUCAGACCUUGCGGGGUCUCUAUUGAGUAG